AUGAUUCUAUUAGGAACAUUAGCAGCUGUAGCUACUGGAAUUUUACUUCCUAUAUUUGCUAUUCUGAUAGGUGAUAUAUCAGACGCUUUUGAGCCUCUGAAUGACCCAGUCUCAAAAAGAGAAAAUUUAUUGGAAAUCUCCGGAAAAAUUGCUAUUUUCUCUUUUGCUACAUGGUUUACUGGCUAUAUUUAUUUCUCUUUCUGGUAGCAUGUUGCUGAAAAUGUUACCAAUGAGCUAAGAAUUAGAUAUUUAAGUGCUCUCCUUAAGCAGGAGGUGCAAUACCUUGAGUAAAUACAAGUUCAAAAGUUACCAUCUCUACUUGGUGAAAAUUUCAGUCAGAUUUCAGAAUCAAUAGGCUAGAAACUUUCAGCUUUUAUAUUCUCCUUUGUUAACAUGCUAUCAGCUUUUAUAGUAUCACUAAUAAGAGGGGUGGACCUCACAGCUAUCUUUUUUUCAGUUUUCCCUGCAAUGUUUAUAAUAAUAGCAAUUCUUGGUGCAAUAGUAAAGAAAGUUUCAUUAUCUAAAAUUUUGGGACUUGCCAAGAUGACUGACAAAAUUGAUGAAACUUUAUUAGGAAUUAAGGUUGUCAAAUCAUUUGCUUAAGAAGAUAGAGAGAUUUCAAUGUUUUAGGAAAUAUCAGAACAAUCGAGGUUAAAAUCUGUAAAAGCUGAGUAUUUCACAUGCGCUUUUAUUGCUAUUUUGAAAUUUGUUAUUUUCGGAUUUUACGGAAUAAAUCUAUGGAUAGCAACUAUUUAUAUAGACGAGAAAAAAAUUAAUCCAAACACUGGGAAAUAAUACACUGUUGGAGAAAUAUUCUCAAUCAUAUUUUGCGUCAUGAGUUGCUCAGCCAUGACUUUUUAACUUAUACCUAAUUUACAAGCAGUUCUCAAAGUUAAAAUUAUUGGUAAAUAAAUAUUCGAUGUGAUAGAAAGAAAACCUUAAUAGGAAUAGUAUGAGACUAUAAGUGAGCAAAUUUUGCCAGAUUUCAAGUCUAUUAUAUUUGAUAAAGUAACUUUCAAAUACCCAAAUACUAAGAAUGAUCUCCUAAGCGAGGUUUGUUUCCAAAUAUAGGCUGAGACUUCAACUGUUAUUGUAGGUUAAUCAGGUUCAGGUAAAAGUACUAUUGUAUAAUUGCUUGAGAGAUUUUACGGAAUAAAUUAAGGAGCGAUACUUUUGGAUAAAGUCAAUAUAAAUGACAUUCCAAUUAAUGUUCUGAGAGACUCUAUUGGCUAUGUAUAGCAAGAGCCUAUAUUGUUGCAAGGCACAAUCAUAGAUAAUAUUUUAUUUGGCAAUAAAGAUGCAUCUGAAGAAUAAAUAAAAAAUGCUUUGGUUAAGGCUAACGCUUCAUUCGUUUAUUCACUUGAAAAUGGAGUAAACACAUAUGUGGGCACAUCCUCACUGAUAAAUCUCUCUGGUGGGCAGAAACAAAGAAUAGCAAUUGCCAGAGCAUUAGUCAAAAAUCCUAAAAUUCUAAUCUUAGAUGAAGCCACUAGCGCACUAGAUCAGAAGAGUGAAUAGGAAGUGCAAUAAGCCAUUUUUAAUUUAUAAAAUAAUAAUGAUGGAGACAAAAAAAGAGGGUAGUAAAUUACUAUUAUAAUGAUUGCUCAUAGACUCUAAACAAUAUAAACUGCUGAAAAUAUCAUUUAUUUCGAUAAGGAUUAGGGUGAUUUGUAAAUUAGCUAAGCUUCUAAAGGAUCAUUGGAAUAUGAUUAGAUCAUGAAAAAACUUAUUGAUUAAUCUAAAAGUAGUAAGUCUAUUGAAAACUAAGAGGAGCUAGUACCUAAAUAAAUGGGAUAAUCCAAGUCUUAGUAACUCUAGCAAGUAAGAAUCAAUGAAGAAUUUAUUGCUAUUCCCACUGAAGGUGCAUAACCUUAAAUUGAUUAAAUUGAGAGUCUAAAUCAAUAUAAUAAUGAAGAGUCAGAAUCUCUUCCAGUUAUGGUUCAUUUAAGAAAGGAUUCUAAUAAUGAAUCUGGGACUUUUAAUAACAUAAUGAAAUAUUAUGGUCCGAAAUACAUGGUUGUUAUAUCUUUCAUUGCUAGUUUCAUAGAUGCAUUUGCGUACCCUUUGAAUGGCUAUAUAUUUGCAAAGAUUUUAUUUGUUCUAAUAAACAAUCCAUAUUCUAAGACAUAUGAAGAAGAUAGAAAUUUUUGGUGCAGCUCAUUUAUGGGUUUGGUUUUGGCAGCUGGACUAAGUGAUUUUCUCAAUAAUGGUAUACACAAACACUUAAGUGAAAAUUUAACAAACAAUGUCAGAGUCAAACUAUAUUCAAGCAUUAUGAGAAAAGGGUUUGCUUGGUUUGACAAUUAAAAACGUACUCCUGGCAUACUUAGUGGCUAUCUAACUGAGGAAAUACGUCAUUUAAAUGGUCUGACAAGCUAAGCAAUUAACAAUACUUUGGAAUCGAUAUUUUGUCUAUUAAUUGGAAUUUUGAUUGCAUUCUUCAACUCUUGGAGACUCGCCUUAAUUGGAAUGGUUGCUUCCCCUAUGGUCGUAAUAGGUGGAGUAGCUCUACAAAUAGCUUUAUGGAAUAGAGCCUAAAAUCAUACUAAAGCUGGCAGUAAAGAGAAAGUAAAAAUUCAGCCUUACGAUUUAGCAAAUAGUUUAAUCUCUGAGGUAUUAACAAAUUAUAAGACUGUGAUAAGUUUUGGCCCAAAGAAUAUUGGUUAUCUUAUUGAAAAGUAUAAUCUUCUUCUUCUAGAACCCCAAAGGAAUGCAAUAAAAUAUGCUCACUACUCUGGCAUCAUGUAUGGAUAUUCAAUGAGUAGUAUGUAUUUAUUCGCUGCCUUAAUGUUCGGGAUUGCAGCAAAAUAUAUUGUCAUUUACUAUGAUCCUCCUGAGGAAUCUUUCAUCGCUAUCUACACAAUGCUUUAUGCUGCUUUGCAAUCAGGGGUUUUAAUUUCCCAAGUUCCUUCUUUAGACAGAGCAAAGUAAGCAUCUGAAAAGAUAUUCUCUAUAAUAAAUGAAUAAGAUAUUACAGACAGAAUCCCCUAAAAAAUGUUAGUAAACUCUCAACAUCAAAUAUAAAAUGGGACUAUUCAAUUCAAAAAUGUCCAAUUCAAAUAUCCAUCAAGAGAGGAAAAUUUAUUCUAAAGGCUUAACUUUGAAAUUCAAGGAGGCCAAAAAGUUGCUAUAGUAGGUCACUCUGGCAGCGGCAAAAGUACCAUCGCUAAUUUAAUACUCAGAAUGUAUGAAAUAACUGGAGGAUAAAUUUUAAUAGAUGGUAUUGACAUGAAUCAAAUUGAAACAAAUAUUCUCCUAAGUUGUAUUGGUUAUGUGAUGCAGGAACCAAUAUUAUUUGACAUGAGUAUCAAAGAUAACAUCAAGUACGGUAAUAUUGAGGCAACAGAUCACUAGCUAAGGAUUUCUGCAAAACUAGCGAAUGCUUUACACUUUAUAGAAACUAUUAAACAACAAGGAUAAAGUACUAAUUCAAAUGAUUUUUUAGAUAUCUAAGAAAUAGAAGAGUAAAAUUCAAUUAAUCAGUUAAAAGAAAUUUAUGUUGAAAAUCCAAUACUUGAAAAAGAACUCUAAACCUUAAUUGAAGAGUAAGCAAUAUAGGACCCUCAAAUUAGGGUGAUUAAAUAAAUAGUAAGUGCGGCUAACUAACAAAUUAGGGAGAAGAUAAGUAAAAAUGUCAAGAUUUUUAUAAAGGUGAUUAAUGAAUCAAUUGAAAAGCAUUAUGAUAACUUGAAAGUAAUUAAAAAUUUCUAUUGGGAAGUAGAAGUUUAAGAUAUCAAAAAUUUCGUUCAACUAAAAUCUACUGCAGAUGAGAAAUAUAAGCAAUAGAUUGAAGUUGCACUUACAGAUAAUAUAGAAUAAUUUGAUAUAAUAACAGUUGAGGAAUAUUUAAAACUAAAUUUAGAAUCUAUUAACCAAUUAGCUUGCCCAAACUUUGAAGAUCUAAUAAAUGAUAAAUAAAAUUAAGAUAGAAUUAAGACUAAAUAGAAUUUUCUUGAAGAACAGCUUGAACAAAUCAAAUCUAAUUCAGAGAAAUUCAGUUUAUAAAAUGAAGGUAAGUUGCAUAACGGAUUUAACAGGAGUUGCGGACCCAAGGGUUCUAAACUCUCUGGAGGACAAAAAUAGAGAAUCGCUAUUGCUAGAGCUUUGAUUAAAAAUCCUAGGAUAUUGAUUUUAGAUGAAGCAACUUCUGCUCUUGAUGAAUAAUCGUAAGAAUAAGUUUAAAAGGCUCUUGAAACAGCGAUGGAAGGUAGAACUUGUAUUGUGAUUGCUCACAGAUUGAGUACAAUAUAAAAUUGCUAGUGGAUUAUUGUUAUGGAUAAGGGAGAGAUUGUUGAGCAAGGUUCUUUUUAAGAUCUCUCAUUAAAUCAGUUUUCUUAUUUUAAUAAGCUUAAGGCUAAAAUGGAAUCAUGA